UGUUUUUUUAUCUUGUUAUUAUCGGUGUUACUUUAAUAGUAUGUUCCAUUACAAAACUGAUCAAAUGUGCACACAAGAGUUUUGUCAUCAUACCAAAUCUUGCAGGAAUUUUAAUGCAAUUUUAAGACGCAUGUCUAUCUUUAUACCAUAAUUCAUUUUCCUUUACUUUUUUGCCAUAAUAUACUUACUAACAAAUUGAAAGUAUUAGUAACAUGUAUGUGCAUGUUUCCAACUCCACAGGUGUGAAAUGUUCAAUAUGCUUCAUAUUGCUGCUUCUUGUCACGUGUCUGUGCAUUGGGGGUAUUCUUUUAUGGAUGGAAUACCUUCCCAUAAGCAUUUCUCUUUUCCUUGAUUCCCCAUUGAUCCCCCAUCGCUCAACCAAGGGAACUCCAGGAGACACUUUAGUGGCAGUGAGAAACGCCUCUAUCGAUGCCAGUGCAAACCUAAGCCUGCCGGAAGCAAGUGGAAGCAAACAUGGGGGUGAGGGGAAGGGGCCCAUCUCUCGGGCCUUCUCUCCACAGCAGCAUCACUUCCUUCUGAACGAGCCAGACCUGUGUGAGAGGAAGAAGCCCUUCCUGGUGGUGGUGGUCCCCGUCCAUCCUGGCAACCACCGAGCCAGGGCGGUGAUCAGGAUGACGUGGGGCAGUGACACCCUGGUGCGGGGGGCCAAGAUGGUGACAACCGUCUUCCUUCAAGGUGUGGCGUCCUCAGAAAGAGAGAGCGUGCAGGAGAGAUUGGUCAAAGAAAGCGCCAGUUUCCAUGACAUUGUACAGGGCGACUUUGUGGACUCCGACCACAACCAGACCUUAAAGACCGUGGUGCUCAUGGACUGGCUGGCCACGUAUUGCCCCCGUGCUUCCUACGCCAUGAAGAUCGACGCUGCCAUGCUCCUGAACGUGGAGAACCUCGUGGAGCUUCUGUUUCUCCACAACACGCCCAAGGCAGACUACAUCACAGGCCUGCUGCCAUUGAAGUCCCCUGAUCACACGUAUCCCCCCUACAUGAUCGGCAUGGUCUACAUCUUCUCCAACGACCUCCCUGGGAGACUUGUCCAGGUCUCCAAGAACAUCGUGCUCUCCGACGUGGAGCAUGUCUAUGUGGGCAUGUGCCUGCAACACCUUGGCAUUACCCCUGGUCUCCUGCUCAGACCCAACCAGUUUAGGCCUUUGAUGUCCGUGCCGUUCAAUCACUGUGACUAUGUUGGGGUCGUCACGGUGCUCCUGAGUAAUUCUGAACAGCUGCUGGAGUGCUGGGCGGUCUUCAAGGCCGGUGGGUCAACCUGCGGAGAAGGGGGGGCAACGCCAUGAC